UACAUAUUCGCCAGUUGAUCAAGCACAGGCCUUUACGAUAUUCUUUCAGGUAAAGAAAAACAAACGUGAAGAUUAUCAGGGAUAAGGAAUUUAUCUCCAUAACCAGGCGAUUCCUUUGAUUUCUUUGAUGUUUAAUCAAUUCUUUGCCUGAGGCCAACGGCUCCAAAUGACGUCUUUCUGAAAACGUUUGACCGCAGCGAUAGGUUUUAUCAGUUUUGGUUAGCUUUUACAUAAUCAAAGCAGAGCAAAUUGACAAGCUAAUUCGAAAAAGAGCUUUCUUAAUGAUUGUGAAGUCAGAAAAAACAGUCCUAAAACUUUGAUUAGUUUAUAUUAUUAGUGUAACAGCAUGUUUUGAAAUUCUGAUACUGUUGACGCGAUUAACUUGGCGGCUUUCCUGAUAUAAAAAAUUCGUCCUAGAUAUUUUUAGUAAACAAAUUAUCGUUUGCUUUGUUCAGCAUGCGUGGUUGAUCAGGCAUAAAAUUCAAAUCACGACCGUCUGGUUAAAAACGUUACCAUCACGAUAAAAUUCUCAGAAUAACUCAAAUCAUUGUAGAGGCUGGUUUGAUACAACAGGCGCAAAUGCAAGAACUCAGUGAAGUUUGGUACCACGGCUACCAUAGGCGGUCAUUGAUAGGCUCGUCCCGCCUGUAUAAGACAGCAGUUGCUAUCGUUGUUUUCAUUCUAUGCGGAAUCCUUAUGGUUGUAGUUGGAGUGACAAAUAACAGCUCGCAUAUGAAAACAGGAGGUUAUACAAUGUGUUGUUUCGGAUUGUUGGCUGGACUUUGUUUUAUUGGUAUACGUUACAUUAAAAAGAGAGCAAGUGGGUUAGAGAAUACAACGGAAGGAAACGAAAGUCCAUUGACACGCAGUGUCGAAUACAUCGAGUUGCUGCUUCGCGAGGGACAGAUGGAUAACAGCGAGGCUCAAACAAGAGGUUUAUCGACAUCAAGAAGAGAAUUAAACUUUCUUUUGACGAGAAUCUUAGGUUACCCUCCUUCUUAUGAGGAGGUAACAACGAAUGAUACGCAUGACACCAGGACACAGGCUCAGUGUGACCCACCGCCAUGUUACACAGAUGACGAAAUGUUAGCGGAUGCUAACUUAUCGCCGCCAUCUUACGAAACUGUCGCAUCAGGAACAGUAUCAAGUGAAGUGUGACAAAUCUCCUUGCCGCACCCCCUCAAGCAGUUGAUAAGUCGUCCAGAAAUUGUCCUUUCGUUGACUUUUCUGCACUCUGCGAAGGAAACAGUGGAAACAAGGAGGAAAAGGCUAGGCCGAGAAUGGAAAUCAUUGCAAAGUCAAGUUUUAGUUUGCGCAUUUAAAUGAUUUACUAAGUUAGUAAAGGUGAUAAACAGCCUUACCGAAUUUUGGAAAGCUGUUACCUCAUGCGCGAUUUGAGUUUUACUUCAGUCGUCGAAGGUCCUAGCCGAACGGCUAACGCUCUAAACUCAAGACUUACGUAUUGAGAAUGCAACAUACUCUGCGUUUACUUUAGGAGACAGGAUGUUAAUGUUAGUCUGAUCACAAGUUAGUUACUUCAGCGUUGAUUCACGAAUCUUCAACGUUUUGACAGCAUGCAGCUAGUCUUCUUCAGGUGAUGGGAUCCAAUGACAACGACUAUUCGUUUUGAAACAUUUGGUUUCGCUGUGAUUAGUUGAUUUUUUGACUCAUUGUGAUUGUGCAUAACGAUGAGAAAGGAAACUGCGGUAUUUUAUACAAUACUGUUUUACCCCGUGAUCUAUACGCCUAUACGCGUAUGCUCCUGGGCUACAGAAAUUACGUCAUGAUAUUCUAACUAGCCUGAAAAAUACUCGACUCAUGCAUUUUUCAAUGAGUCUCUUUGAUGAAUAAAAUGUCCGGGACAAUGAUAAUGUGAUUUUGCAAUGGACAUAUUUCGCAAAGCAAUUAUAUUUUUUAUGCGCGUCAGCUACUUAGUUGUAGCAUAACUUCACUUUCUGUAAGACGAAAUUCACAAAAUCAUCAUGUGCAAAAAGUUCAAAUAAAAAGUUAGCUCUAAGAUGAUGUAGCUAACUUUUAUUGUAAUGUGAAGAGUUUGUAAUCGUGGUUCCCGUUUUCAGACCACACAAAUUUGUGUGAUUACACGCUGUUAUUAUAUAUGUAGAAAAUUGCCACAAAAUGUGAGAUGUUUUGAAA